AUCUUAUCAGACGGCAAAUGUACUGAAAAACACAUCUGCGCUUUCUCACGACUGUUUUAACCUGGCUCGUCCAUUCGGUGAAAACCAAUCCAAGAUGAAGUUCGUCGUCUUGUUGCUCGUCGUGGGCGUCAGCAUUGCAGACUUCGCUUCCAUCAAAGCGCCCCGCCUGUCUCCUCCGUACUGCCCGUGCAUGUACCAGGCGGACUUCACCUGCCCUCCCCCGCCCACCGACUGUGAGCUCACCGACGACUACUGCGGCUGCUGCCCCGUGUGCGCGCGUCAAGAAGGACAGACAUGCGGUUUGUUUAGUGCCGGCUGUAGGAGUGGCCUGACGUGUGUUAUCCCACCAUGCACUGGGGACUUCUGCAACAUUUUCAUUGGUGGUCCACCUCCAUCCGGGACAUGCGAACCUGCACGCACUUUGUGAGCAGGCUAGGUAUCAGAGGAAUAUUGCCGACAGCGAGGACCGGUGGUGGCAACUAUAGCUACUUUGAAGGAAAUAAAAUAUAUAACAUGAAUGUGUGUUUGCAA